AUGUCCUCUCCUGCCACCAACCCUACACCUGCAGCCGACGUCGUUUCCAACGGUCAACAGCAGCAGCAACCUCAACUCUCUGCCGAGCAACAACAGCAGAUCGCUCAAGCUCAAGCAAUGACACCACCCGCUGCAGCUGCUCAUCCCUCUCCAUCGGCAUCAUUGUACGUUGGUGAACUCGAUCCCACUGUCACUGAGGCUAUGCUCUUUGAGGCUUUCAACCUCGUCGGCCCAGUUGCUUCCAUUCGUGUUUGCCGUGAUGCUGUCACUCGUCGCAGCUUGGGUUAUGCCUAUGUCAACUACCAUAACGUUGUUGACGGUGAACGUGCCCUCGAGAGCUUGAACUACACCUUGAUUAAGGGUAGACCUUGCCGUAUCAUGUGGUCUCAACGUGAUCCUUCUCUUCGUAAGACUGGUUCCGGCAACGUUUUCAUCAAGAACCUCGACCCCACCAUUGACAACAAGGCUCUUCAUGAUACUUUCUCCGCUUUUGGCAACAUUUUGUCAUGCAAGAUUGCUUUGGAUGAGUCCGGCAACUCCAAGGGCUAUGGUUUUGUUCACUACGAGACCGAGGAAGCUGCUCAAAGUGCUAUCAAGCACGUCAACGGCAUGUUGUUGAACGACAAGAAGGUUUACGUUGGUCAUCACAUUCCUCGCAAGGAACGUCAAGCUAAGAUUGAGGAGCUCAAGGCUAAAUUCACCAAUGUCUACGUCAAGAACUUGGAUGAGAAGGUUGAUGAUAAGGCACUUGAGGAAUUGUUUGGCAAGUACGGCAAGAUCACUUCCGCCGUUGUUCAAAAGGAUGAUGAGGGCAAGUCCAAGGGCUUCGGUUUCGUCAACUAUGAGAACUUUGAGGAUGCUCGUAAGGCUGUGGCUGAGCUUCACGAGAAGGAACACAAUGGCAAGGCUCUCUUUGUUGCUCGUGCUCAAAAGAAGGCUGAACGUGAGGAAGAGCUUCGUAAGCAAUAUGAGCAAGCUAAGCUUGAGAAGCUUGCCAAGUACCAAGGUGUCAACUUGUACAUCAAGAACCUUGACGACGACAUUGAUGAUGAUAAGCUUCGCCAAGAAUUCUCUGUCUAUGGUGUUAUCACCAGCGCCAAGGUCAUGCGUGAUGAAAAGGAAAACAGCAAAGGUUUCGGUUUCGUUUGCUUCUCUGAACCUGAUGAGGCUACUCGUGCCAUUACUGAAGCCAAUGGCCGUAUGAUUGGUUCCAAGCCUAUCUACGUUGCUCUUGCUCAACGUAAGGAAGUCCGUCGCAGCCAACUCGAAGCUCAAAUGGCUCAACGUAACCAACUUCGUAUGCAACAGGCUGUUCCUAUUCCUGGUGCUCCUGGUUACAUCCCUGGUGCCCCCAUGUUCUAUGCUCCUAACGGCUUCAUGGCUCAAGGUCAACGUCCUGUUUUCCCACCUAAUGGUAUGAUGCCCCGUCCUCGUUGGGCUCCUCAACAAGGCCAACAAAUCCCAGUUCCUGGUUAUCCCCAAGGUCCUGGUUUCGGUCCUAACGUUCAACAAGGUGGUCGUCCAUCCCGUCAACCUCGUCCUCCACGUGGUGGUGGUGCUGCUGGUCGUGCUGCUGGUCAGCGUAAGCUUUCUUCUCAAGGCCGCAACAAUGCUGCUGAUGCCAAUGCUGCUGCUCAAGAGCCCCAACAACAACAGCAACAACAAGCUAAUGGCCCUGAGGCUUUGACUGCUGCUUCCCUUGCUGCUGCUGCUCCAGAGACCCAAAAGCAAAUGCUUGGUGAACGUCUCUAUCCUUUGAUCCAUGCUUCUCAACCUGAGUUCUCUGGCAAGAUCACUGGUAUGCUUCUCGAGAUGGAUAACAGCGAGCUUUUGAACUUGAUUGAAGACAAGGCUGCUUUGGAUGCCAAGAUCAACGAAGCUAUGGAGGUCCUCAAGGCCCAUUUGGCUGCAAGCGAAGAGCCCAAGGCUGAAGCAUCUGCUUAA